AUGACGACUACUCAAUCUGUCACAACUGUUUUUAUCAUCCUAUCUACACUACUUUUUUCUUCAUAUUCUGACGCAUUAUCUUCAACGUUUGAUGACGAAAAAACCGAAACAUACAUCAUUCACGUCUCUAAACUAGAAAAACCGACCGUUUUCCCUUCUCACCAUGAUUGGUAUACCUCAACUCUUCAAUCUCUUCCUGCACAUCUUUCUCCGUCUCAUCCACAAGGAAAUAUUAUUUACACAUAUAAAAAUGUUUUUCAUGGUUUUGCUGCACUACUCACUCCAUCCCAAGCGUCCCAUCUUCAUCUUCAACCAGGAUUCCUGGCAGUCCUCCCUCAAGAUGUUCACCAACUCCAUACUACUCGUACUCCUCAUUUUCUUGGUCUGAGUGAUAACUCUGGUCUCUGGCCUGACUCAGAAUAUGGUGAUGACAUCAUUAUUGGUGUUUUUGAUACCGGAAUCUGGCCGGAAAGUCAGAGUUUCAAUGACACAAGUUUAAGUAAUCCUAUACCAGAGAGAUGGAAAGGUACCUGUGAAUCUGGCCCUGAUUUCUCCAACACGUCGUGCAAUAACAAGAUAAUUGGUGCUCGCUUUUAUUACAAAGGAAUUGAAGCCAAAGAUGGACGUAAGCUAAACGAGACCAAAGAUUCGAAAUCACCAAGAGAUACUGAUGGACACGGUACACACACGGCAUCAACUGCAGCCGGAUCCGUUGUUAAGAAUGCUGGAUUAUAUGAAUAUGGUGUUGGAGUAGCGAAAGGAAUGGCUACCAAGGCAAGAAUUGCUUCUUACAAAAUAUGCUGGAGUAAUGGAUGUGCUAGUGCAGAUAUUCUUGCUGCAAUAGAUCAAGCUGUGGAAGACGGAGUUGAUGUGAUUUCUUUGUCUGUUGGAAGCCUUAUUCAACUUCCGUAUGAUCGAGAUUCAACUUCCAUUGGUACAUUUGGUGCUGCGAUGAAAGGAGUUCUCGUUACUGCCUCUGCAGGAAAUUCAGGACCAAGUCCUCUCAGAGUAACUAAUGCUGCUCCAUGGAUAUUUACCGUUGGAGCAUCUACUAUCGACAGAGAAUUUCCCUGUGAUGUGAUUUUAGGCGAUGGGAGAGUUUUUAGUGGUGUAUCAUUAUAUUCUGGGAAGCCACUCGAGAAAUCCAACACUGAAUUAGUUUUUGCUGCUGAUAUUGGCAGCAUAUUUUGCAAAGAAGGAGAGUUGAAUUCCACUGCAGCCGCGGGAAAGAUUGUUGUUUGUGAUGGUGGUGGUGUAGUUGGCACAGCUGAAAAAGGAAACGCAGUCAAAAUCGCUGGUGGUGUUGGAAUAAUUAUAACAAAUUCAUUGGUCUACGGAGAAGAAUUGUCUGCUGUUUCACAUCUAAUUCCAGGAGCAACAGUGACUUUCAAGGACGCAAAUGAGAUUGUAAAGUAUAUUGAUACACAACAAAAGCCUACAGCAUCUUUCGAUUUCAAGGGAACAAUUGUUGGAUCCUCUCCUUCAGCUCCCAAAGUUGCUGCAUUUUCUAGCCGUGGCCCUACCUUUAUAUCACCUGAGAUUCUUAAACCGGACAUUAUCGCACCUGGUGUUAACAUCUUGGCUGCUUGGACCGGUGCUGUUGGUCCAACAGAUCUUGAGAUCGAUAAAAGGCGCGUGGAGUUCAACAUAAUAUCCGGUACUUCUAUGUCAUGCCCUCAUGUGAGCGGGUUGGCUGCGAUGCUUCGAAAGGCUUAUCCUAACUGGUCACCAGCUGCAAUUAAGUCUGCUCUCAUGACUACUGCCUAUAAUUUAGACAAUGCAGGUAAAAACUUUACUGAUCUGUCAACAGGAAGAGAUUCAACACCGUUCCAACAUGGUGCUGGACAUGUCGACCCCAACAAAGCCUUAAACCCUGGUUUGGUAUACGACAUCCAGCCAAGUGAUUAUGAGGCAUUUCUUUGCUCCAUUGGGUACAACAAAACGCAAAUUUCGCUUUUCAUCAAGGACAAAACAGUCGAUUGUUCGUCACAUACGUCGGUUGCUAGUCCCGGGGAUCUUAACUACCCAUCAUUCUCUGUGAUUUUUGAACCACCAAAUGAUUCAGUUGUCAAGCACAAGAGAGUGGUUACAAAUGUUGGAAAACCAGGAGAUGCGAUUUACCGAGUAAAGGUUAACAGUCCAACAUCGGCUGAGAUCAGUGUCUCCCCGAGUAUACUAACGUUCACAGCGACUAACCAAAGUUUGUCUUAUGAAAUGACAUUCACAAGCUUGAGUAAGGCUGAGAACAUUUCCAAAUUUGAGUUUGGGUCAAUCGAAUGGACAGACAGUGUACACGUCGUGAGGAGUCCCAUUGCUUUAACCUGGCUACCUAGCUUGUAAUAAUGCUUGUACAAUUAUUUGUCCACUGGAAUAAAUUUGGGUCCAGGAAUUUUCUAAAA